GUCGUCUACACCACAAUAACAACUUUCGUAUUUGUACGUAUCUGAGAUUUUGAGUGAAACACUAAAUAGAAUAAAAUCAGGAAUGGAAUCUGAAUCUUCAAAACGAAAUUUAAAGAGGUACUUAAAAGAGGAAGAGACUAAAGACGAAAGCCCACCAGAAGACGAUGAUUACGUUCCUUACGUUCCAGUCAAAGAAAGAAAAAAACAAAAGUUGACGAAAUUAGGAAGAAUUUCACAGGUGAAAGCUGAUGCUGAUCUCAAAACCAAAUCCUCAAGCGAAAAUGAAGGCAAUGAAGAAGAGGAAGAGGACCUCCAAACUGUUGCGAGGAAAUCUAAUAUAAGUUUACUCAGUCAACACACAGAACUAAAAAAAGUUGCUCAAGCUAAAAAGGAGAGUGCCUUUGAGAAGCAGUUGAAAGAAGAAGAGAAAAUUCUUGAGAGUAUUGCAGAAAAAACUGCCUUGAUGGGUGUUGCUGAAUUGGCUAGAGGUAUUCAAUAUGAAGAUCCUAUAAAAACUAGCUGGACACCACCAAGAUGUGUACUGAACAUGCCACGAGACUAUCCUGAUAUACUAAGAGGGAAAUUAUGCAUUACUGUUGAAGGGGAGGAUGUACCACUUCCUAUACCAUCAUUUAAUGCCAUGAAAUUUCCCAAAGGAAUUUUGGUUGGUUUACAGAAAAAAGGAAUCAAGCAGCCAUCACCUAUUCAAAUUCAAGGAUUACCGACAGUGUUAAGUGGUCGAGACAUGAUUGGCAUAGCCUUUACUGGUAGUGGUAAGACUUUGGUGUUUGUCUUGCCAAUUGUUGUAUUUAGUUUAGAGCAAGAGCUUAAGAUGCCAUUUUUACCGAAUGAAGGUCCAUUUGGCUUAAUUGUGUGCCCAUCACGUGAGUUGGCGAAACAGAUUCUCGAAACAGUAGAGCAUUUUGCCGAUUGUUUAGCUCAGCAAGGGAUGCCCAGAAUAAAGUCCUGUCUGAUAAUUGGUGGAACUCCAGUUAAUCAGUCGUUGGAAAUCAUAAACAGAGGGGUUCACAUCAUAGUAGCUACUCCUGGUCGCUUAAUGGACAUGCUUGAUAAAAAGAUGAUUAAACUGGAUGUUUGCCGAUAUCUGUGUAUGGACGAAGCUGAUCGUAUGAUUGACAUGGGAUUUGAGGAAGACAUCCGUACUAUCUUUUCUUAUUUCAAGGGACAACGACAAACUUUGUUGUUCAGUGCUACAAUGCCAAAGAAAAUUCAGAAUUUUGCUCGUUCCGCCUUAGUUAAACCCAUAACAAUUAACGUUGGGCGUGCAGGUGCAGCUAGCAUGAAUGUCGUUCAAGAAGUAGAGUAUGUCAACCAAGAAGCCAAAAUUGUCCACCUGUUGGAAUGCAUUCAGAAAACACAACCACCUGUGCUCAUUUUCGCUGAAAAGAAGCAAGAUGUGGAUGCCAUACACGAGUAUUUGUUGUUGAAGGGUAUUGAGGCUGUAGCCAUUCACGGAAGCAAAGACCAGGAGGAGCGUUCUCGUGCUGUUGAUGCCUUCAGACAAGGAAUUAAGGAUGUGUUAGUGGCCACCGAUGUAGCCUCAAAAGGACUGGAUUUUGUCAACAUUCAACAUGUCAUAAAUUAUGACAUGCCGGAUGACAUCGAAAAUUACGUGCAUCGAAUCGGACGUACUGGCCGAUCAGGAAAUAAGGGGCAAGCAACAACGUUUAUUAACAAAUCGAACGAAGAGUCCGUCUUACUUGACCUCAAACAUUUGCUUAUCGAAGCAAAGCAAGAUGUCCCUCCCUUUUUGGCCACACUGCAAUCAGAGACGGAAGUUUUCCAAGAUCUCGGAGGUAAUUUAAUAAUGUUUUCUUUAAAUGAAAAAUUUACAACGUUGAUUUCAAAAUUUACAGGGGACAAAGGUUGCAGUUACUGUGGCGGUCUUGGUCAUCGUAUUACGCAGUGUCCAAAGUUAGAAGCGGAAAGCAACAAACAAGUUUCUGCCGUUGGCCGUAAAGAUUACUUGUCUUACUCUGCGGCAGACUACUAAAUGUUUCUCAAUAAUACCACAAUUUAUAAUUUUUUUGUACACGUGAAUUGCAAAAGAACAAUUUUAAAAUUAUUGUGAAAAUCCCGAUAUGUUGUAUCUUAUCGAAAGAAAAAAUUUGGAAAUACAUGACGACCAAUAAA